GAUAUAUUAACUAUGACGCCAUUACUUUUUCGUCUCCUCCUGUUGGGGACUUUAUUGCUGAGGGUAGCUGGGACUAACUUGCUAGGGAAUGGUGACCUAGAGGCGGCUAGCCUAGGGCCCUACUUGAGUACAUCUGAAUGCUCUGUGGCAAUUAGUACCACGGAGAAACAUGGUGGAGCGCAGAGUGUCCACAUCACCGGAAGGACUGCGAAAUGGGCCGGCCUUGGAUAUAAACUUGGCCUCAGUAAUGGCAUAGCUUCAGGAAAAAUAUAUGCAUUUUCGGGAUACCUGAAAUUGGAGAAUCUGGCUCAAGGAUUCUCUUACCAUAAUGUAACAACGACCGUCAAACAAACAUUCAAUGAUAACAGCCAGAAGUUCGAAAUGCUGAGUUUGCAGCCUCUUGUCCGAACGGGAUCCUGGAUAGAGAUAGGAGGCGACUUCAAACUUCUAGUGAUAUCAAGGAGAUCAGGAUUUACAUACAGAUACAGCAACCGGAAGUCAACUACUUCUUUGAUGACGGAAGCCUUAUCUCUUACGGAACCUGGCAUUUCUCUCAGUGGAAUCGACAUAGAGGCAGAGCAAAAUAAUUGUGAGUUUGGACAUGGGACCGCUGUCAAGGCUAGUCUAUGGACGGAUGCAUCCUACGGUUUCUACCGAGACUUCGUUACCAAAACAUUGAAAUCGGAGUGGGCCGUUAUAGAGAAUGACCUCAAGUGGAGGGGUAUGGAGUGGACCCAGGGAACCAUUAAAUUUACUGACGCUAAUGCAACCAUAGAUGAUCUUUUGAGUAAAGGAAUAUCUGUUCGUGGUCACAACAUGUUUUGGAGUGUAGAGAAAAGGAUUCCAAAAUGGGUACAGAGCAUUACAGACAAGGACACAAUGAAGACGUUGAUACAAGAAAGGAUCUCAGAUGCGAUCAGCUUGACCAAAGGGAGACUGGCGCAUUGGGAUGUCUGUAACGAGGCUCUUCACGGUGACUUCUACGAAAGGAAGACCGGAAACGUAGAUAUCACCAUGGAUAUGUUCCGGGAAAUGCAUAAAAAGGAGCCAAGCACACAACUGUUUCUCAAUGACUUCGCUGUAGUGAACUCGGGGACGGUACACGACGGUAUGUCAGCCUUAAGUAAUCAAGCUAAGAGUUUCCUGGACGCCCAAGUUCCACUCCAUGGAGUCGGACUACAGAGCCAUCUACCUCCCAGUGAUAUCGACAUCACCCAGCUGAAGUAUCGCUUAGACAAGAUUGCAGAGGCUGGCCUUCCUAUGUGGAUCACGGAGAUGUCUGUUACCAACACUAACGACACCGCUAAGGCCCAGACGAUCGAGGACGCUCUCACUCUGUACUUCAGUCACAAGAUGGUGAAGGGCGUGAUACUGUGGGGAUUCUGGUCAGGGGCCAUCUACGACACAGAAAACGCCCUGGCAACAGGCACAGAUUCUAUAACAUUGAACGAAGCCGGGCAGAGAUACGUGGAUCUUGUGAAUACAAAAUGGAGGACAAACUGGAUAGAUCCUGUCAGGGCCAACGCCUCAUGGGAAAGGAAGUGUUUCAAGGGAGACUACACCAUCAGUGUCAAAAAGAAUGGAGAAACACUGAAGACAUUUGACUUAAGUCUGACAACAGACAGAAAACUCAUACUUUGGCUUCAAGGAACAACUGGAAAACCCUUGAUAAAGGAGUGGAUCGUCUGAGGGUUCAUCGCAACCAGAACGGAAUCCUACCAAAAUUACAAUUAAAAACGUAAUAAACAGCUGGAAAACCCUCGAUAAAGAAGUGGAUCGUCUGAGGGUUCAUCGCUUCCAGAACGGAUUCCUACCAAAUAUUACAAUAAAAAACGAAGCAAACAAGUUCUAGUGUAUUUCUUUCAUUGAUACUCAGUACCAUAACGUUCAAAGUCAUUUUCCUAAACACUGUGUCUCUUUUACUCUCGACACUGCUGGAUAACCCUUUACCUACCGUAGUCAAACUGAUAAAAGCAUGUUUUAUAGAGGUUAUCAAUAUGGUUUAAACAGGUUUUGAAAUCUUUAUCUCUAGAGAUGUAUAAGAUAAGCGUAAUAUCUUAUGUAUACACGAUUUUUUUUCUUCUUCUAAAAGUGCAAUGUACGCCACAAUACUAUAUGCAAUGUAUACCAAUACAAUAAUAACUGUUGAUUUAUUCAUUAAUUCAACGUUUGUCAUACUCCGUCGCGCUUACAAUUAUUAUUCGUUGUAAAUUGUCUAUCAAUGUAGGAACAAGACUCUAAAUUGUAAAACUGUUCAACACCUUCAGUUGUACGCCUAUAAACAUUCUUCCUUAGAUAUUUGUUCCGGGCUUGGUCGGAUGAGCUCAACUUUUAAACAUUUCUUUUCGCUCCUGUAGUCUUUUCGUUAACAUGCUUGUAUUCACUAUGGCAAUAUUUGGUCAAAGCAAAUCCAAAAUUCUACUCUACCACAUGAACUAAACCUACUGUUAAACUUCAGAGCAGUAAACACCUGAAUCAGAAUAAAUACCUUGUUGAUCCAUAAUGAUAGUUUAAAUAUUACCAUCUACAACUCAUCUACUGGGGUUUCUGCUUUGUGUGUACUUAAACUCUCUAUCUAUGACGAAAUUGUUAAACAUUUAGAUAAAGGUAAAGAAGCAAGAAUGGUAUUUUGCGAUAUUAGUAAAGCUUUCGAUAGGGUUUGGCAUGAUGAUCUAAUUAAUAAAUUAAAAAGAUAUGGUAUAAGUAACAAUAUUUUAAAAUGGUUUUCAUCUUAUUUAACUGAUAGAAGACAGAGAGUGGUCAUUGAUGGAUUUAAAUCUACAUGGAAAACUCUACAGGCAGGGUACCUCAAGGUUCAGUUUUAGGUCCUUAUCUGUUUCUACUAUAUAUUAAUGAUGUAUGCGAUAAUUUAGUGUCUAAAGUAAAACUUGUUGCUGAUGACACUUCCCUAUAUGUUUUAAUUGGGAGGGACAGACAAGAGGCUUCCACCAUUCUUAAUCAAGAUUUGGAAA